AUGAGAAAGUUUUUGUCUACUUCUGGGUCUUGUGUUGUUUUGUUUCUUCUUUGUCUCAGCCAGUUUGCUGGGUCUGCCGGUUUCUUCUGGAGGUCUUCUCAUAACAGGACUAAAGUCUUUUCCAGAACAGCUCGAGAUGCUGACUCACUCAUUCCUAUAGACUGUAAGCUGAAAAGCUGGACGCCAUGGGUACCAUGCAACUCCUGCACAGACAAAACGGUGCGUUUUCAGUAUGUGGAGCGGCACUCACAGUACGGAGGUGCGAGUUGCGUGCAAAGCCAGUGGGAUGAGAAACUGUGUCCGGAGGAGGGUGAGUGCGACCCUCAGGAUGAGUGUGGAGACUUGUAUACCUGCCCUGAAACAGGCCGGUGCAUUGGUCAGCAGCUUCUCUGCAAUGGUGAUUUGGAUUGCCAGUUAGGCAGUGAUGAAGACACCUGCGAGGAAGUGAAAAGCCAAGAAACCAAGUGUGUCAGCUUGCUCCCCAUCCCGGGAACACGGAAGGCCACACAGGGCUAUAAUGCUCUGUCAAACGGUUUUGUGAACCCUGUUCUGGACCCUAAAUACUUUGGAGGUGUAUGUGAGUACAUCUACAAUGGAGAAUGGAGGGCACUGACAUAUGACGCCUUCUGUGAACAACUCCACUAUAGUGAAGAUGAGAAAUAUUUCAGGAAGCCGUACAACUUCUUAUCAUAUCAAUUGGUGGCACAUUCUCUGAGCCAGGGAUCAGCAGAAACAUACAACGAUGCUGCAGACUUAUUAAGCGCUCGGAGAACAGAGGAGUCAUCCAACUUUGGUGUGAGUGGUGGCAUUGUAUACGUGGAAGUAGGACUGUCUAUAAGUCAAGAAGAGAUCCUGCUGAAAAACAUAUCACAGUACAACAAUAAGAAAGUAGAGUUUGUUCGGCUGCUCUCGACAGUAGAAACGGCGCACUUUAAGCUGAGGAGUCGGGGUCUGGUGCUGGACGAGGACAUGCUGCAGUCACUCAUGGAGCUGCCUGAGCAAUACGACUUUGGUGCUUACUCACGCUUCAUCAGUGAAUACGGCACUCAUUAUGUAACACAAGGUGUCUUGGGAGGCGUUCUGGAUUACAUCUUGGUGAUCAACAAAGAGGUCAGGGAAAGACGGGAGCUGACGUCUCAAGAUGUACGCACCUGUUUUGGCAUUUCUCUGGGCAUUACGAGCACCUUCAGUGAGGAAGUUAGUGCCAAGCUCACAGCACAACACGAGUCCUGUAAGAAAACAGGAAAACUCGAGAGAGAAUAUGAAAAAAAAGAUGAUCUGAUCAUGGAUGUAAUCGGCUUUGUGAAAGGAGGCAUCACAGGCCCCACCGCCGCUCAGUUAGCCAUCCGCAACGCAGAGAGUUACAGAGCUUGGGGCAAAUCGCUCAAAUACAAUCCAGACCUCAUUAAGUUUGAGAGUUUGCCCAUCUACGAGCUGGUGCGUUUCAGCACAGCAGCGGCUCAGGCUCGCACCAGGCUGCCAUUCCUGAAACAGGCAUGGGUGGAGUAUAUACAGGAGUUCAACCCAUGCCACUGUGCCCCCUGCAGGAACAACGGCGUGCCUGUGCUGACGCGUACGUCCUGCAGCUGCCUCUGCAAGUCAGGAUACUACGGCCUCGCCUGUGAGAAGACUGAACGCAAACCUGGUCCUAUUCAUGGCUCCUGGAGCUGCUGGAGUCCCUGGUCUUCCUGUGUGUCUGGAACAAAGACACGAAGACGAGAGUGUAACAACCCUGCACCUCAAAACAACGGCUUCCCGUGUAGAGGAAACUCAGUGCAGACAAAACACUGCUGAAAGGAAUGUUUUCCUGCAAUAAUUUGGCUAAAAUGUAUUCUGUAGAAAGGUUUUCAUGCUUGGAGAAUAGAA